CUCACCCAACAAACACACAUCCUUCGAUCAUUGCUCGCAAGAGAGAUGCCUCAAGGCCUCUCUUUGUAAUGGAAACAAAGAUCUGAACAAAUUUUGGGGUUUUUGGUGGAACAGAAUGGCUUUGAAUCAUCAUGACUCUUCCUUUAUUUUCGAUGCUCUUUAUUGUCCGGAAGAGAAUUGGGAUGUUGAAGAAGAACAAAAGCGUUGUUUCGAUAAUGGGAUUGUUAAUAAAUCUAACCCUUUUCCAGUUUUGUUAGAGCAUGACUUGUUCUGGGAAGACGAUGAACUUUCCUCUUUACUUUCGAAGGAGGAGCUGAAUCAACUCUUCGAUAGCGUUCAAGCCGAUGGGAAUCUAGCUAAGGCUCGCCGGGAAGCUGUGGAAUGGGUAUUGAAAGUUAAUGCUCACUAUUCCUUCUCUACUCUCACCGCCGUUCUUGCAGUAAAUUAUCUCGAUAGAUUCUUGUUUAGCUUCCGGUUCCAAAGCGAGAAGCCAUGGACGACUCAACUAGCUGCCGUUGCUUGUCUCUCUCUUGCAGCCAAAGUUGAGGAAACGCAAGUACCUCUGCUACUGGAUUUACAAGUGGAGGAGACCAGAUAUGUGUUCGAGGCCAAAACUAUACAAAGAAUGGAGAUUUUGGUACUCUCUUCCCUUCAAUGGAAGAUGAACCCUGUAACACCACUUUCAUUUCUCGAUUACAUAACAAGGAGGCGUGGAUUAAAGGACUAUCUUUGUUGGGAAUUUCUCAGGAGAUGCGACCACAUUCUGCUCUCUGUCAUUUCAGAUUCUAGGUUUUUGUGCUACCUUCCUUCUGUAAUGGCCACUGCUACAAUGCUGCACGUUCUGGAUAGUGUAGAGCCUAGUCUUAGAGUAGAAUACCAAAACCAGCUAUCAAGCAUCAUGGGAAUUGAUAAGGACAAGGUAAAUGAAUGCUGUGAGUUGAUCAUGGAAUCGGCAACAACAAGAGUCGAAGGCAACGAAUCGAAGAAGCGCAGGUUUAGCUCCGUCCCGGGAAGCCCGAACGGUGUGAUCGACGUCUCAUUUAGUUCCAACAGCUCGAACGAUUCGUGGGCAUUGGCAUCAUCAUCAUUAUCCUCUGUGUCUUCCUCACCUGAGCCUGUGUCGAAGAAGAGCAGAACUCAGCAAGACCAGCUUCUGGAAAUGCUAAGAACUCACUGAGUUUCCAUCGUCAAUUUCGGGCUAUAAAUAGUGUAAUAUGUAAUAAUAUUACUAUGGACGGUAAAUUGCUUGCCAUCUCUGCACUUUCCAAGCAAACACAGUAAUAUCAUUGGUGUGGGAAUCAGGAAUUGGAGAUGGUUUGCAUUUUAUCCGGAAGAAAUCAAGUGGAAGAAACAAGUAUGAAAAAUGCAGAGUCCAUGCAUGCAUUGAUGCUU